AUGGCUUCCUAUAAGUCACAGUACGGUCCUCCGAGGAGACCAGAAGACAAUACGCCCACAACCCGGUUACCAAAGCGAUCGAUCACACCCACUACUACCUUAUCUCAGCUACCCACAACCAGCAGCCAGGCCAAGCUGGAGAAGAGAAGGCCUUCGCGCGAUGAGCCAGCGCAGUCAAAGAGAGUGUCGUCGAAUCAGAGAGAGCCCACACGGAAAGUCAGCUCACACCAGGCAUCUAGCACAGCCGGACCAUCCACCAUUCCAGCUCCAGGCUUCGCGUCGUACAAGACAAGGUCGACUAGCUCCUCAUCUCGACUACCAAAGCUGGAAGUACCCGUAAACACUAGAACACCAUCUCUUGUUUCUGGAUCAUCCGCUUCGACUAUAGAGAGUCCUCGUUCGAAUGUGCUUAGAAGGAAGCAGCCUAGUAUAGGGGUUGCAAGCGGCCGAUACGCCGUGCGCACACCAGACGAUUCAAUGUCCUCCCAUGAAGGCGGCCAACAUGCCGAUGGCAAUGCCGCAAAGUUCAAAGAUCCCUUCGUCACCGAUUCCGUUUUCGGUAUUUCCCUUCCGCCAUCCUCCAACAUUCUGGCUCGCUCAGAUCCGGAGCGUGAAUCGCCGCAACAUGGCUUAUACGACAAGAUCGGUCCCCUGGAUAUUUACCCCAUUCCCACUCCACAGUAUACCUCGUCAGCAACUCCUUCGACACGUUACGCGGAAUCUCCGGGCGCAUUCAGUAUCUCAUCCACCGCAACCUCCAUGACUUCAUAUUCCCCUGCGACUGCUCUUCCGAAGUCAUCUUACAGGGUCCGACAAGUGAGUCCACUAGAGACCCGUCCGCCGGUCAGCCGGCACCGAGCGCCUGAAGAGCCCAGCGUCCGUACGACGCACGGCUUGUCGACAGUCCGUGAGUCACCCACGUCUUCCUCAUCAGCAUCCACCGUCGUGGCUGAGACAGGCAAGGCGGAGAUGGCUAAGAAGCAGCUGCCAACAGUACCACAAAGCCCACCAGUGCUGAGACCCACCCCAACAGUGCAGACAAAGACUCGUAUACAGCCCGUUCCAGAGCUUGCUCACCUGGCUGACCCUUCCCCCGUGUCGCCGCCGAGUUCGAGACGACCAUCGAGGCCAAGUCGAGAUGGAACCCCUGAGAUCCACGGGCUUCGCGACCCAUCGCCAAUAAUACAAAGCAACAUGGCCAACUUUCCGACCCACCACAGGCGCAAAAGCUCUACUGAAUCGAAAUUUGCCUCUCUGUCUGCCGCGAGGUCUCGUAUGGCGGUCCCGGUCAAGCCGUCUUCACGCAACCCAUCGCCAGUACCCACGUCGAGUAUUCCGACAACACCCAGCGGACUAAGACGGGGAAUGACACAGGAUACCCAAAAGGAACGUGAUACGCGGCGAUCGAGUACGCUACCAGCCCCGGCCCCAGCCCCAAGUCCGAGCAGAAGAUUCGGUAUCUUCUCCCGACGCACUAAGACUGACCCUGCGCCGCAUCCUAGCAAAUCCGAAAGCAAGCUUGUCCGAAAGGGACCAGUAGCAGGUACUGGUCAUGAGGGCUAUGGGCGACAUGCAUCUCGGGGCAGGAGCAGCAGCUCGAUUGGCGCAAGCAUUGGGCGCUCAGCCAGUGCAGGCACAACAUCUGAGAGUCUGGCACAAACUCCUUCGACCCGCAAGAGCAGCAUGACUAGCACAACUAGCGGCGAGAUGGACGACUUUUUCCUCAAUAGACUGAAUCCUGUGAUUUUGCGAGGAGCCGGCAGCAGCUCAGAACUGACACGCAGUCCGGAGCCAAUGAGCAGCAGUACAAGCCUCGAUGUCUCACACCGUAUGAGGCAACCUAUGGGGAACACGACAAGCGUCACGGCUGAGCCCGCCAGUAACAUGGAUCGACCAAGGCUCUUACCCUCAGCGAUGCCAAAUACUACACGCAGUGGAUCGCCAGCAAAGAAGUCGCUAAGCAGACCGUCCGAAAGCGACGAUGAUUCGAAGCGGUCAUUCUUACCUACCCUAGAAUCAAGACGCACCUCACGCACGGUGAAGCUUGCAGAGGUUCCUCUCAGCCGCACUAGAAGUCGCAGUAUCUCUAAGAUACACAAGGACCCUGCAAACGACGAAGGCGGUUGGCUUCGGUCUUCGAAGAAAAGCAAGAUUGACAAAGAGAAGGAGCGACCCAAGCCGUCGAAGUGGAACUUCUUCUCCCGCGCGCACGCGGCACCUAGAGUUGAAACACCGGCCGUGCAGGAGGCCAAGACUACGAGUCCAGGUCCUGGCUCGCGAUCUGUUGCGCACUACGCGUUUGUAGAUGCGCAGUCCAGCCUCGACAUGGAAGAUAUUGAGCAGCUGAUGAAGGAAGCAGCAGGCAACACCGAUACCGAAAGCGUGCUUUCCGACAACGACUCCAUGCGUAAGGAGCGUAUGCAGUCGAUGCUUUUGCCACCUAAGCCAAUGUUACCAGCGUUCGCCCCGCCUUCUCGUUCUGCUUCUCCCAAAGUUGUUCUACGGUCAGACGAAUCGCCGCAGCGGUAUGUCAAACUCAUGGUUAGUACCGAUGUGCAGCCUGUCCCUGAGUCCUCUCCAAGGCAUUCGCAAGCUGGCACAAUCUUCGAUCUCUCGCAACCUCCAUCACCUGCCACGCAACAACUUUCUGCGCGCAACGAGGCUGAACCUGGAAGUGUGCCGGCCGUUGUUGCCAGACCUAACUUCUCUCCUCCGCCACCAGCACCUACAAGUCCGCCUCCUCGCCCGAGUCGCUUGCCACAAGUUGGUCGCAUCCCUCAAGUCGUUUCAAGUCGCGGGAAGCCACGCAAGCCUUCCUCUCGAUCAUUCUCGCGACCAUUUGUCACAGACCAGCCCGAGCCGCGUCCAACAGCGCUCCCACGCACCUCGUUUGACUCUAUCGGCUCAGUGGUGGCUACGGCUGGCCCCGUUGAAUCUUUUCCGAUUCUGCAAGGACUUGGUGCACUCUCGCACGGCUCAGCCAUCGCGACCAUCAGUCCGUUUUCUGACGAGUCCCGUCAGAGCGAGUUCUUCAAAUUCCCACCGCGCAAGGACUCCGAGGUCUCUUACUCGAGCAGCUCAGGCGUUUGGAGCUUCGCCCCUGUGGCUGGUACUGCGGUCAUUCCUCCUCCUGAAGCUCCACUAUCAGACGACGAGCUGUGGAACGAGUAUGAUGAUCUGCUCGACCAGGUCGUUUCCCCAGGCGGCACCAUCAGGAAGGUGCCAUCGCGGCGUGGGGACCCCUCACUCCAGCCGCCACCUCUCCACACGAAGACUUCGUGUGUAUCGGUCCUGUCUGGAACCUCAGAGGCGGAAGCUUCGGUACCUUCUGUCCACAUCCGCCGGUCUCGCUUACUUGCAGCUUUGUACGCUUCUCAGUCCCCUACCUCCUCCAUGGCCCUGUCCGAUGUCAUCAAUGACUACGGUGACUGUAAGCUUAGCGUUGUCGACUCCACCACUGGCCGGUUGAGUCUACCUCUCAGCCCUAGCUUGCCAAGCUUUUCAGCUCAGAGGCCCUCGACUCGGACCAGCUUGCCUACCUCGAUGUCCGCUGGAGAUAGACUGUCCAAGGCAACCAUCACCUCGCGAUCAGACAAAGACCGACACAGUACCACCGUGGCCCGCUACAGAGACACACGUCACAUGGACUUUGCUGAAGCCCAAGCAUUUGGCCAUGCAUCUAUGGCUGACCUCCGCUUCGGUGCUUUGAUGACAAGCAAAUGGCUGUCGUUUGGCCGUGUGCUUUUCAGUCCCGUACACUUUCAGCUCAAGGAUACCAAUGUAGAUCGUGUGCUUGUCAUCGAUGGCACAGGCAAAGAUUGGUCUUUCUAUUGCGCCCUGACGUACGAAAAGGCAGCUGUAUACGACCUCGGUCCUGCGCCGUCAACUCCUCCUUCAACCAACAGGAAGUCUGCACUUCCAAAUCACCGCCAUAUCCGUCAUACCUCUCUCACCGAUCCGCUACCCUACCCGCAGAACUUCUUCGCAUGCGUCGUCCUCCGCUUUCCCUCUGCCCAGCCUUCGUCCACCCACGACUUCCUGUUGUCCGAGGCUAAGCGAGUGCUUCGUCCUGGCGGGUACCUGGAGUUCAGCGUGCUAGACUUGGACCUCGUCAACAUGGGUAACUGCGCCCGGCGUGCUGUGCGUCAGUUGAAGAUGGACAUCCACGGUGUGGACGACGGCAUCUCGCUCCGCAAUAUCAGCGAUGAGAUCAUUGCAGGUCUCGGUCGCCGGCGCUUCGUCGAGUGCAAGUCCUGCGUCGUCGGCGUACCCGUUGCCGGCAACCUGCCCACACCCAACGACGUCAACCACCCCAUGCGGAAGAACAGCACAGCCAGCUCGCGCAAACGCGCCGACAGCAACCUCAACCCCGCCACGCUGCCCAAGUUCGAGCCCUCGUUCUCCGACCUCCUCAAUGCCUCCAACCCCUCCGAGUCGACGGAUAAGGGCAUUGCAGACAAGGUCGCACGCGUCGGUCGGUGGUGGUACUCGCGCUGCUACGAGAGCAUCGUGCUGCCCGACGGCGACGGCCCGGACGCCGCGCUCUCGAGCGACCUGCUCAAGAACAGCAUCUGGCGCGACGACAAGCUCAUCCGCGAGUGCGAGCAGCUGGGCACCACAUUCCGCAUGCUCAUCGGGUACGCGCAGAAGCCCGAGGUCAGCCUGCGGCGCCACGUCAGCGUGUGA